UGCCACGCCCGGAGUACGUCUCUCGUAGUGGUCGGACGCUGGCUAGCGAGUGAACUAUGCCGCCGCUGGCCGCCGCCCUGCUCCUCCUGCUCUGGGCCGCAGCCUCCUCGGCCUCUGCUGCCAGCUUCACCUGCGCCAAACCGAGCACAUGCCGCUCCGCCGUCGCCUACGUCGUCCCCAUCGCCACCACCUACGAGCAACUCGCUUCCCGCUUCAGCCCCACCGCCACCCUUCAGCACCUCCUCGCCGCCAACCAACUCCCGCCCCACACCGACACCAGCAAAGUCAUUCCCGCGAAAACAGCCGUGCGCAUCCCCUUCAGGUGCCGCUGCGCCGGCGGCGUGGGCCAGUCGGACCUGGAGAUGUACACCGGCGGCCGUGGCGAUGACUACUUCAUGGAGGUCGUCACCGCCAACAACGUUGCCGCAGGCAAAUACUAUGGGUGGAGGCCGCUGCCCUGCAGCUGCGACAAGGUGGACGGCUCCAACGUGAUGCACCUUGCCUACGUGAUCCUCCGCACAGGCGACAACACCUCCGAGAUCGCCGCCAUGUAUGGGCUGCGAGAGUCAACGCUGCUCAGGAUCAAUAAUAUCACUAGCAGCCAGCUGCUGCUUCGCCAAGGCCACAUUCUUGAUAUCCCGCUAUUCCAAGGAAUGGGCACAUGGUCCAGGGUACAUUAUAUCUCAACACAUAGGGAAAGAAGAUUGGAUGAAGGGGAUUCUGCGGUGACGGCAUCAAAAGUAAUUAACAUUGUAAAAGUAGUUGUCCCCGUUGUGACCAUUCUUGUGUAUCUCGUUACAACAUGGUGUUACUGGAAAAGUGCACGCAAUUCCCUGUCGUCGGGAGCGAAUGGCUUUAUGGAAUUUAGUUAUAGCGAUUUGGCUUGCGCCACGAACAAAUUCUCCAGGGAUGCUCUUCUUGGAGAGGGUAAGUUUGGCGCGGUAUAUAAGGCGACGUUGAAGGGCCAGGUAGUGGCCGUGAAGAAAAUAAAAGCAGAGGGAAAGCUUGAGGACUUCCACCGCGAGUUGCAGACAGUUGGUAACACAAGGCACGAGAAUCUUGUUGACCUCAAAGGUUGGUGCGGCAAAGUCAGAGUGAUCGAUGGCAAGACUUGGUGGAAAAGGGUUAUCAAGGUUGAACUCUUCCUCGUCUUUGAGUUCAUACCUAAUGGCGACCUUGAGCGCCACCUGGACAACAGCAACCAAGUUCUAUCAUGGGACAAAAGGUACAAAAUAGUGAAGGGCAUAGGGUCAGCACUUCAUUAUCUCCAUCACGAGUGUAAUCCAUGCAUCCUGCAUAGAGAUAUCAAGCCUGGCAACAUACUCCUGGAUGAAUAUUUCAACGCUAAGCUUGGGGACUUCGGGCUAUCCAUGAUCACCAGCAAAAACAGAGCGACCGUGGUCACAACCGCCGUGGGGUCAGUGGGAUACAUGGAUCCACAACUAAUGAAACACGGGGUUGUGGAGUUCAACCGUAAGUCGGACGUCUACAGCUUCGGAAUCGUCCUACUAAAGAUUGCAUGUACAAAUAAGUCAAGGGAGGAAGUCUGGCAGAUGCGCGGUGGCAGUGAGCAGCAAGUUCAGGUGGAUGGUGUUGUGGAUGACAGGUUACGCUUCUUUGACCGUACGGAGAUGGAGCGUGUGGUUGUCCUUGGCCUCAAGUGUUCUCACUCAGAAGAGGCACAACGACCUUCCAUGCAGGAUGCAAUGAAAUUCCUCGAGGACGGCCAGGAGUUUCCUCCCAUAACACAAGGAGACGAUAGCUAUGGUGUGCCCUGCACUGUAAACGAGGAGGCACCUAUGAUGACACAUGGUGAUGUCUCUUCUUGUUACCCUUGAGCUGCAGGAUUGAGUGGGUCUGUCAUGUGAGGCCAAACAUGUAGGGGCGAUGCUGCGCCCUAGUUCAACUCAGAGUCUAGAACUUGCUGAGUUCAUCUAGAGUUAGAGUAGUUCGGUUCCUAAGUCGGAAAGGUUUUGCCCCGAAGAAGGUUACCCUGCCGACAGGAUCCAAUUCCAAUAAUAGUCCAAGUCUGUUUCCUCAAUUGUAAUUGGCUAUAUAUAUAUAUAGCCACCCCCACGUGAUCAAUAAAGCAGGCAGGAAAGCUAACCUCUUGCUCCAACGCCGCGCACGGUUCUCUUAACCUUGCUGCUAGGGCCGGUUGCUGCCGCCACAGGUCGCCGAGACUACUGUCCUUGGGCAACGGUAUCUCACUAGUUACGCCCCACGUCCCAGCCGCCAGAUUAUAUAGGGCACAUGACGGCGUCAUGGGUCGCAACUUGAUUAUAUAUGCGUCAUCCAGCGUGCAUGCAAGUUCCAUCAUACCAUAUAUAUACUCCUGCUAGCUGGACGAUGGAUUGCACAUUCGGUUCUUAAGUUUACCACUAUAAUAAUUAAUUAAGGCAUUCAUCGAUAUGAUGUUUGCAAUAGUUUUAAGGGUUUUAAUGCUAUCAUGUUUAUCCUCCACUAAUAGUGGAUAUUCGUGUAAAAAACUAUUAAUUAUUUCUGUAGUAAUUGAGUUUUAUCAUGUUUAGUGGAUUAUUUCUUACAAAAUACUCUGUCUGUCCUGCUUUCAAUUCAGAAGAAGCAAACAACAAUAACACGCGGAAUUUCAGAUCAGGAACACAGACUGAAAGUCGAUGAAACACUGCACAUUUUGAUAGUUAGGUUUGCAAUAACUCAAAUGUGCUUUCCAGCCUGGUUGGCGUGCUGC